AUGAGGAGCUUUAUUUUGCUCCUUCUAUUCUCCGGCCAUCUAUCAGCAGGCAACGUCGACUGGUCGGUAAUCGAAACUCCUCCACAGUUUGUGCACGACAAAAAUGCGGACACCGUCUUCUUCAAAGUGGAGAAGAGUGGGAUGAGUGAUGAAUCCGCAAAAAAUACGCCUGGAAAUUUGCUCGAACAAACCAUCCAUUGUCUAGCCAAUGGAAAUCCGAGACCAUCAUAUCGAUGGAAAAAAGAUGGCAAGUCAUUCCUUCCUUCAAUGUUCCCAGAAAAGGUCGUUCAGAAACCAGGAGAAGGCAGUCUCGUCUUCUCUCGUCUCGACGAAACUGACGCCGGACUCUAUCAAUGCGAAGCUGAAAACUCGAACGGAACAGCCGUUGAUCGUCCAGUUCGUGUUCAAGAAACAUGGAUACGUCACUUCAAAACAGCUGAACCAGAAGUUGUGGUCGUUGAAGUUGGAGAUCCAUAUCAGAGAAACUGCUCGCCUCCAGCCAGUAAUCCAACUGCAAGAGUCUACUGGAUUCUGAUGGGAAAGGAGCCUGGACACUUCGAAACAAUAAGUAGUAGUCACAUUUCCAGUAAUGAACAAGUAAUUCCCCAUUGGGUUUGGAAUCAGAAGAAGACGAGGAAGGAGAUGGAAGAAAAAGAGCAAAAAGAGGCGGCAAGAAGACGCGUCAUUUUGGUCCGCGCCGCCGCUUUUGGUGGUAGUGAUGGUGUAGAUGGUGCCUGGGGUGAAGCAGGAGGCCUUACCCUGAAGAAGAGAGGAACAUUGUUCUUUCACUAUGUUAAUGAAACGGAUUUAAAGUCUGAUCGCUACUACACAUGCACUGCCGAAAACAUCGAACUCAAAGACUACAAAUUUGGAAAUCAGUUCAGCCUCCAAAUCACGAACAACAAGAGACGAAGCUUGCAACAGAUGCCACCAACUGAGCAGUAUGUGAAUCAAAGCUCUCCGAUUGCUCUGCAAGGAAAUCAACACAAACUUCACUGUUUCUUCUCCGGAUACCCAGCACCGAAGCCCCGAUGGUUCCACAAUGGCCGUGAGAUCAGUGAAGAUAGUGAUUCAGCUGGAUUCCGAUUCGAAUCAUACGGAAAAACGCUUGUUUUCAACGUUACUCAAGCCAAAGCUGGAAAAUAUGAUUGUCGAUUUGCCACCCAAAACGACAUCGAUCGUACAUUCAAUGUUGUCGUCGAGGCUGCUCCAUACUGGCCACAAGGACCUCCGCCAAACACGAAUACAAGUGAAGGAGAGAAUGUCACAUUCGACUGUACAACCUACGGAAAACCAACUCCGAAAGUGACAUUCUACAAAAAUGGAGUUGAAAUGGGAUCACCGAAGGAUGACCGAUAUUUGAUCGAAGGAACUCGGUUGACAAUUUAUGAUGUCAAGAAAGGAACUUAUGGAAAAGGAGACAACGCCGUCUACCAAUGCAAAUCAGAAAACAAGCAUGGAUGGCUUUGGACCAACUUUUACCUCAAUCUUCUCGCAUUCAAACCACAACUUUUGAUUGAUCCAGGAAAAGAAGAAGUGGAAGCAGUUGUCGGACAAAAAGUGACAUUGGAAUGCAAGUUCUUCGCUAGUCCAAAUGCUGCUGUUAAAUGGGAAGCUCCUAUGAUAUCCGGAUCGAAAGGACAUCAAAUUCCAGCGGAUCCGUACGGAGUUGGAAGACUUGUAUUCAGUGAAGUCACUGCUGCCGAAGAAGGAGAAUAUGAAUGCGUCGGAACCAACAAAUAUGGUCAAGCCAGUGGUAGCAUCACUCUGAAAGUUAGAAAACCAACUGUUGUUCAACCAUUCGCUCGUGCUGAAGAAGUUCGAAUGGCUGGUGAAGAAAUGGUUCUUCCAUGUGACGCGACUGCUGAUAAUCAACUAGAAGUGAAAUAUGAAUGGCUUGUUGAUGGAAUCCCAUUGCCUGAGGAACGAAUGAACUCUGGACACUACAGAAUUGGCGAUGAUCACUCUCUGAUAGUUGCUAACCCAACACAAGAUGAUAGUGCAAAAUACAAGUGUAUUGUCAGCACAAAGUUGGACAAAGUUGAAAAAGAAAUCAAGAUACAGUUCAAAGAUGUGCCUAGAGCUGUCCACUCUGCCUUUGUCAACAAUUGUGACAAGAACUCUCUCACCGCAUUCAUCAAAUUCGAGCAUAUUGAAUCAAUCCAUACAAUUGCUCCAGUCAAGGAAUUCUGGGUUCAAUACCAAAUGGAUUCAGAGACGGAAGGAUCACAAUGGAGAACUCAUCCAGUUCCAUCAGCAGCUCAUCCAAACGAUCAAGUUGACGAUCAACUCAGAAAGACUUCAGGAUCUGCUACUGUAUCUCUUCAACAAUUUGGAAAGUACGUCUUCCGUGUUCUGGCUCGCAAUUCUGUUGGUGACAGUGCUACGACAACAGUCAAGGGAAUUUGUGAAACUCCCGCCAAGCAACCAGACAAGAAUCCAGGAGAAGUUGCUGCAAAGGGAACGAGUCCAGAAAAUCUGAUUGUUCAAUGGAAACCAAUGGCGAGAGAAGAAUGGAAUGGAGCAAACUUCCACUAUAUCGUCAAAUAUCGCCCAGUCGACGAAGAUCAGAGAGACGGAGACUGGAAGGAGGUCGCUGUUGAAGAUCCAUUUGCUGAUCGUGUCACAAUUAAUUUGGAUGAUGACAAAGAUGUGAAACCAUUCCAGCCUUAUGAGGUCCAAGUUCAAGCUAUCAACAGUGAAGGACGAACAAGUGUUGUACCAGAAACAGUUGAAGGACGUACUGGAGAAGGAGUUCCAAGCAGCAUUCCAAGUGGACUUCGUGUUCUGGAGAAGAGUGGAACUACUGUAACACUUGCAUGGAAUGGCGUUGAUCCUGCAACAGCGAAUGGAAAUUUCACAGGAUACAAGAUCACAUAUUGGGUUGAUGAAGCUGAUCAAGACGUCGACGAACCAGAAGAUGAUGACGAAGAAAAGAGAAAAUUCAGAUGGAAGAGGUCGAUUCGUGUAAAAAGACAAGCGGGAGUUCGUAAGACUAUUGUCUUCGGUCCAAGUGCAACUCAAGGAACAAUCACUGAUCUGAAACCAGCUACAUUGAACCAUGCUUAUAUUCAAGUUACAAAUGGAGCUCACGAAGGACCAUCUAGUGAUACAAUCGAUUUCCAGACUGACGAAGGAGUUCCAUCUCCUGUCCGAUCCCUUCGCGCAUAUCCAAUGAACUCAAAAGAUGGAGACGAAAAAGGAGUCGUCGUUCUCGUUUGGAAGAAGCCAAGGCAAACGAAUGGAAAAUUGGCUCGGUACGAGGUGGAGUAUUGUAAGACACAAAAUGGGAAGCAAGUUGAAAAGACGUGUCCACGACAACAAAUUGAUGCCGAUGCUAAGGAGAUUCGAAUUACUGGAUUAGAGAAUGAGACACCGUACAGAUUCAUUUUGAGAGCUCAUACGUCAGCUGGUGAAGGUGAUCCGAACUCGUCGGAUGCUACCACUCUUCCAGAAACAACUGCUGCUGGAGUGGAUCCUGGAGUUCCAAGUCUCGUUGAAAAUGCCAUCGGAGACAAAUACUUCAAUGUAUCAUUCCGACCCGCGAAAUAUGAUGAAGAAACACGUGCUCCCGUGGGAAACACGUAUGAAGUUCAAUACAAACCACAAGAUGGAGAUGAUUGGGAGACUGUUAAGCCAUCUGAUGAUGGUUUGACGGUACACGUCGAUGGACUCAGUCCAGGAACCAAGUACGAUGUGAGAGUAGCUGCUCUUCAAGUGGAUCCAGAAGGUGGUGAAACGACGAAGACGUUCUCAGGAAUCUCAAAAAUCACAACAACUGGAACGAGUUCUCGUGAAAGAAAUCUCUAUUUCCUCAUUUUACUCAUCUUGAUUCUCCUUCUUCUGCUCAUUAUCAUCUGCAUCUGCUGUGUUGUCUGCCGUCAUCGUGGACAAAACUAUCCAGUAUCACAGCGUGAGCGUGAACAAGGAAGAGAACCAAUUCUUGGAAAACCAGAUUACAAGACUGACGACGACGAGAAGAGGUCGCUGACUGGUUCAAAGGCUGAAUCAGAAACAGACAGUAUGGCUCAAUACGGAGACACGGAUCCUGGUGUUUUCACGGAAGAUGGAUCAUUCAUUGGUCAAUACGUUCCACAAAAGAGCUUGAUGCCGGCUGAACGGCCGGAGAAAGGAUCAACAUCAACUUUCGUAUAG